AUCUCUGUUUCGAUCGCCACAGCUAUCCCUAUUAUAGCCAGAGCGUACGGAAGGUGCCUUGGUCCAUCCGAAACUACGCAAAUAAUGAUAUGCAAUCUAGUUAGACAGUAGCUAGCUAGCUCUAGCUAGUAGCUGGGCAAGCAAUGUGCUAACGAUCAUUUCUUCAUUGUUUCCUUCUCACUUCUCAAGCCUAGCUAGCUAACUAGCUAAUAUUCAGCCAUUCUCAAUCCUUGGACUUAAGCUUGCAAUUGGCGUAUAGUAUAGUAUAGUAUAGUAUAGAUAGUGAGACAAUCUUAUUAAUUAAGAUGGGCAAGAAAAAGAGCAAGAGCAAGAAGAGCAAGAGCAAGAGCAAGAGCAAGUCAGGGCAAGAAGAAGCUGAAGAAGCUGAAGAAGAGCUUCAAGAGCUGCAAGAAGAUCAAGAAGAUCAAGCUGAGCAAGCUGAGCAAGCUGAGCAAGCUGAGGAAGCUGAGGAACUUGGAGACACUGAAGAUGAAGAUGAAGACGAAGACGAAGAUGAAUCAACCAAAAAGAAGAAAAAGAAGAAAAAGAAAAAGAAGAAAAAGCGUCAGGAAGACGAUGAAGGAGCUGAAGUACAUGUAGAGCAGCUGGAAGAUGAAGAUGAAGAGGAUGAUGAAGCUGAAGCCUUAGCUGAAACUCAAGAGGAGCCAUCCACCAAGAAAAAGAAGAGCAAAAACAAGCAGCAAGAAGAAGAAGAAGAGGUAGAACAGACAGAGGAUCAAGCCAUGGAGGAUUGUGUCCAAGAAGAAGAUGAAGAGGAAGAUGACCAGGAGCCAUCCAAGAAGAAGAAAAAGAAAAAGAAACGGGGGGAAGAAACGGAACAGGCACAACCUGCUGAUGAAGAAACAACGACCACAAUGAAGCAAAAGAAAAAGAAGAAAACAACAAGCGAGGACGUACAAGACACACCCGUACUAGUACCGGUACAACCGACGGAGGAGGAGCCGAGCGAGAGCACACUUUCUGUGGGACGCACUUCCGAAACGAGUUUCCGCCGUGUCUCGGACCUAUUCAUUCUGAGUGACACUGUCGAUGACCAUAGAGACCAGGAUACCGGACUUUUGGGCCGGGGGCUGCUCGAGGGAGAGGAAGGCGAAUCGGAAGAAGAUCUCGAGGAAGACCACCAUGACAUGGACUUGCAAAAACUACCUAGUCUCUUUGCUCCUCCUCCUCAAACCGAACUGUUGCCCACGGUUUCCGGAGACGCAGACACGGCCAAAUCAGUCCGCUCCGAUUUCAGCCGAACGUCAGACAUUCGUCUUGUGGACGAUGCGUUCUUGGAUUCCAAAGUCACCAAAGAGGUAGACGAUACCACCAUCAGGGAACAGCACGGCGAAGAAGACAUGCAAGCCAAUGUUAAUGUUGGCACAGAUGCCACGAGGUCGGCUCAGGAUGGUCCUCAAAAUAGUACCGAGGACGGAGAGACACCAAGCGACAUUGUAUUCGUCCCCCCAUCGCCCGACAUUGUAUUUGUACCUCCGCACAUGACUGACAUUGAAUAUGUACCUCCAGAAGGGGCAACUAGGGAACCACCUGCUGCAGAACUUGAAGCGGAAAGCAGGAUGUCAUCUAUUUUUCCACAGCCGCAGCAGCAGCAGCAAGACAGUAUGAGUCAGUCAGUUGCAGUUGCAAGGCACACUUCAACACUUCCAACGGAUACUACAAGUAGUGCUGAUGAGCAAGGUAACGUUGAGAGGGCCAGCUCUCGGGAAGAGACUGGGACCGCCAACCAUUCUUUACCCGAAGAUGUGCCCGAAGUGGAAACCGACAGAGAGGAGAACGCUCCAGAUGUGCCACCGCAGCAAGAAGACAUCAUCACUGGAAGUGAAACAGUUCCCCAGCAUGAAGAUUCAAAUGUUUCCAAGGACAGUGUUGACGAGCAAAGUGACGAGGAAACUGGGAAACAGGGAGAGACAUCAUCGUCACAACAGGACAUUGAAUUCGUCCCUCCUGAUGGUUUGGCUCCAGCCAAAGAUGCAUCCACAGUGCUGGAAAUGGAAGAAGGGGAGGAGAAAGAUGACAAGGAGACAGGGCAAACAGGCGAGCUGCCCUCGCAGAAGGACAGUGCAAGCAUUCCCCCAGCUGAUGGUUUGGCUCCAAUUGAAGGUACUCCUGCGGCAGAUACUACUGAAAGCGCCGCGCAAAAUCAGGAUGCCUCGCCCGAGGGAGAUAUCAUGACUAGUCAAAAUGUGGAAAAACACAAACAAGGCGAGAAUGAUGCAGACUCGGAGGCGAGCGACAAUUACGCGAACAAAAAGGGUGCAGCACUUGCUGCAGCCGUCAUGGCCGGGACUGGCAUAGCUACGGCAGCUGCUCUCACAACCGGAAACCAGGACGACGAGGCGAUGCAGGAUGCAGAAGCGGAUGAGCAGCAAAUGGGUGCAGACGAAGAAGAGUUUGAGAUAGCCUUUGGUUCCGCUAGUGAGAAAGCUGAAGCGGACGACAUAUCUGUUGUGGACUCUGAAAUCGAAGCUAGCGAAGAUAACGUUCACGACAGCGAAGACGACGAAAAAACUCUACUCGCGACUGGGGAGUUCUUGGAUCAAGCCAGAGCGAGCGGUGAAGGCAGCGGCUUGGAGCUGGAACAUUCCUCUAGAGAAACAGUUGAGGCUAGUGUGGCUCGAGGAGACACUGAGGAUGGCAAGGGAGAAGAGGAAGAUACCAGUUUGGGAGUAGAAACGAACAGAGCCAUUGCUGCUUUGGGAGACUCUGAGGAAGACACCACCCAAAAAACUAGAGACGAAGGGAAUGUUGUUGACGGUGAGAACAAACCCUCUGACGACCUUACAGGUGCGAUUGUUCCCGCUGCUUCCCGCGCCAUUGUUCCCGCUGCUCCUAGUGCCAUGGUUCCCGUUGCUUCUAGCGCCAUGGUUCCCGCUGCUUCUAGCGCCAUUGUUCCCGCUGCUUCUAGCGCCAUUGUUCCCAUUGGUGGUGAUUCGCGUGCUCUUAGUCUCCCCGGCGUCAAUGAUGACGCAAACGAGGAACAAGGCACAAGUGAUGAAGAUGACGACGAGGGAGACUCCGCUACAGUCGAGGUCGAAGAGCAGUCGUGGUCGGAGCACAGCGUAGUCUAUCCGCCACCAGCGCCUGCACCGUUUCGAAUGUCCAGCUCUCAAAGCGAGACCGAACUCGUGAUAGAUGACAUUGCAAGGGCUAUUGGUCUCGAAGAACGAUACGACGAGGAGCAUGCAUGGGGACGCUCCCACUCACACAACGCCGAAGAGGACUACCAGCACAAAGACAGCCCCGCCAAGCCAGUUGACAAGCAAAGGAUGAUGCUUUUGCUCACUUUCUGCUGUGGAUUCUGCCUGGCUUCCCUUCUUUUCCUGAUCAUUAUGUUGGCGUUGGGCAUUUUCAACAAAGAUCACAGCGAUGACACCAGUCGUUCGGGGGGACUGGACGGUCUUCAGUUGGCGCCCAGUCGUCCAUGGGAGACACCAGAGAGCAUAAAGCAAGUGGUUGAUUUGCCAGAAUACACGACAGACAAGAUCAGAAACGAUAGAGAAUCGCCACAGUAUGAUGGCUUCCAAUGGCUCAAGAACGAUCCAAAUCUAGAUGACUACCCUGACUGGAAGAGACGCCAAAGAUUUUCCCUUGCUACUUUGUUCUACGCUACGACUGACGAAGAGAACAAAGGUUGGCACAACGAUGAACGAUGGCUAGAUUACGAUACAGACGAAUGCACGUGGUACACGUCUCCAGCGCAGUUUACAUCGUUGAAUGUUACCGGUGAGAGCCAGUGUGCUGGAAAUAGUACAAGCAGUAGGCGCCGCAGCCUAGCAGAGGGUGUUGAUGAUGGUCACUUUGAACAUGUUUGGCUUGUGAACAACAAUCUGAGGGGCUCGAUUCCUCCUGAGCUGGCCCUCUUGACGAGCCUUCAAAGCAUCGACUUUGAAAUGAAUUCACUAUCAGGGUUUAUCCCUCCACAGUUGUCUGGACUGAAUAGAAUCAAACACAUUCUAAUGGAUCACAACUUGCUGACAGGUGAACUACCAGCCUCGUUCAGCAAGCUCUUGACGAUGGUGCAUUUGUCCAUCGUGGACAAUAAGCUGAAAGGUCAGCUGAACAAGUUCUUGGGCAAGCUCUCGAAUCUGCAAAGAUUGGCGCUCGAAGGAAACUCUCUAACAGGCCGGAUUCCAUCCGAUUGGGCUCACAUGACAAGUCUGACCACUCUUGACUUGGCAACGAAUUCCUUGGUUGGAAGUCUCCCGACAGAGCUUGGACUCUUGCAGCAACUAAAGGUGCUGAAACUAGACGAGAACGGUCUAUCCGGCACACUUCCAACAGAAUUAGGUCUCUGCCACAGUAUGCUUUCAUUGAAACUUCAGGACAACGAGAUUUAUGGCAAGAUUCCUUCCGAGCUUGGAGGGCUGCCUGGUCUCCUCCACCUAUCGCUUGGGCAAAACAGACUCACUGGCGAGAUCCCCAUGCACCUCGGAGCUUCCACUGUUCUAGAAGACCUGAGCUUGUUGUACAAUGGCAUUUCAGGUCCUAUUCCUAGCCAAAUUGGCUUGAUUCAGUCGCUGACAACUUUGGCAUUGGGUGGCAACCGUCUUUCAUCCACGAUUCCCUCAGAGCUUGGGACACUAUCCAAUCUACAAGAGCUAUCUGUGUUCGACAACAACUUGCGAGGGACCAUUCUGUCUGAAGUUGGAGCUCUCACAAAGCUGCAAUCAUUGGCAACACACGAAAACAAGGAGUUGUCUGGCUCCAUCCCAUCAGAGAUUGGACUCCUGAAUCAGCUCCGAAAUCUGUGGUUGUUCAAAUGUAACUUUUCGGGGAGGAUUCCAAUAGAAUUGACUCAGCUGGAGAGGUUAGGGGUGCUCAAUAUACACACAAAUCAAUUGGCAGGAAAGGUUCCAACUGCAUUGGGAGCAAUAUCAACACUAACCGAUUUGGAGCUUCAUUCUAACUUUUUUUCGGGGCAGUUGCCAUCAGAGCUUGGCCUGUUGGAAAAUUUGAUUCACCUCUCAGCAGCCAACAACUACUUGGAAGGAACCAUCUUUUCGGAAAUUGGCUCGUUGACGAAGCUAAUCGAUCUGCGUCUUUAUGACAACUUCUUUAGUGGACCUAUCCCACCGGAAAUAGGUUCUCACACUGACUUGACCUAUUUGUCCUUGGCAAAAAACACGCUUAGUGGCAGUAUACCCAAAUCCCUUGGAGCUCUUUCAGAGUUAACAUCUCUCCGCCUCUAUUCAAAUGCACUCACGGGAUCCAUCCCUCCGGAGCUAAAGAACCUAAAGAAAUUGACGUUCCUCGCAAUCGGGGAGAGUCCAGGGUUGACAGGAUCGAUCCCAGCAGAGUUGUCCGAUCUGUCAAUGCUCAAAAGCCUCCGAAUCUAUUCAACCAAGAUUGGAGGCAAAAUCCCAGACACACUAUCAUCACUGCGGCACCUCGAGUUCCUCUCGCUGGCACGCAACUCCCUAAUAGGCAGCAUCCCGGGAGAUGUCUUUUCUGGAUUCACCAAUCUCAAGGGGCUGGCCCUGUCCGAGAAUGAGCUGACAGGGAGCAUCCCAACACAGUUGAUGGAGCUACCGCAGCUUGAGAGUCUAUAUCUUUUCAAGAACCGCCUUUCCGGGCGCUUGCCGAACAGCCUAGGCCAGCUGUCUGGCACCUUAAAGGACUUUCAAAUUGCCAACAAUAUCAUCACUGGACCAGUGCCCCCGGAAGUUGGUUCACUCCAACAGCUUCAAAUUCUCAAUUUGGAAUUCAACCAAUUUGGAGGCUCCAUGCCCAGUGAGGUUGGUCUACUCUCCAAGCUCGAGGUCCUCUGGAUGUCUGGCAACUCAAUGACAGGCGACCUUCCAACAGAAAUCGGGAUGCUAAGCCAUUUGGUGCUGCUGAAUAUUUCUCACAAUCGACUGUUUAGCUUUGUCCCAUCGGAGCUAGGUGCACUAGAGAAGCUCCAAGAACUCAACAUCACAAACAAUCACUUCUCUGGCACUAUACCCAUUGGGAUUUGUCAGCUGAACCUUGCUCUCUUGGAACAUGACUGUUCUGAGUCCUUUUGCGGCUGCAACUGCGAUUGCAGUGCCCGCUAA